AUGGCCUGGCAUCUGGACACAACUCUGCCACGACUUGACAGCUUCGUGUGUGUCCAAGAGUACAUGAGUCUGUCAAUAUAUGGUAACUGUAUCAAGGGAUUCACCACUAACUGUAUAAACGGAUUCAUCACUAACUGUAUCAAGGGAUUCACCACUAACUGCAUCAAGGGAUUCAUCACCAACUGUAUCAAGGGAUUCAUCACUGACUGUAUCAAGGGAUUCAUCACCAACUGCAUCAAGGGAUUCAUCACCAACUGUAUCAAGGGAUUCACCACUAACUGUAUCAAGAGGUUCAUCACUAACUGUAUCAAGGGAUUCACCACUAACUGUAUAAACGGAUUCAUCACUAACUGUAUCAAGGGAUUCACCACUAACUGCAUCAAGGGAUUCAUCACUGACUGUAUCAAGGGAUUCACCACCAACUGCAUCAAGGGAUUCAUCACCAACUGUAUCAAGGGAUUCACCACUAACUGUAUCAAGAGGUUCAUCACUAACUGUAUCAAGGGAUUUAUCACUGACUGUAUCAAGGGAUUCAUCACCAACUGUAUCAAGGGAUUCGCCACUAACUGUAUCAAGGGAUUCACCACUAACUGUAUCAAGAGGUUCAUCACUAACUGUAUCAAGGGAUUUAUCACUUACUGUAUCAAGGGAUUCAUCACCAACUGUAUCAAGGGAUUCACCACUAACUGCAUCAAGGGAUUCAUCACCAACUGUAUCAAGGGAUUUAUCACUUACUGUAUAAAGGGAUUCAUCACCAACUGUAUCAAGGGAUUCACCACUAACUGUAUAAAGGGAUUCACCACUAACUGUAUCAAGAGGUUCAUCACUAACUGUAUCAAGGGAUUUUUCACUUACUGUAUCAAGGGAUUCAUCACCAACUGUAUCAAGGGAUUCACCACUAACUGUAUCAAGGGAUUCAUCACCAACUGUAUCAAGGGAUUCACCAGUAACUGUUUCAAGGGAUUCAUCACUAACUGCAUCAAGGGAUUCACCACUAACUGUAUCAAAGGAUUCAUCACCGACUGUAUCAAGGGAUUCACCACUAACCAUAUCAAGGGAUUCAUCACUAACUGUAUCAAGGGAUUCAUCACUGACUGUAUCAAGGGAUUCAUCACUAACUGUAUCAAGGGAUUCAUCACUAACUUAUCAAGGGAUUCAUCACCAACUGCAUCAAGGGAUUCAUCACCAACUGUAUCAAGGGAUUCACCACUAACCGUAUCAAGGGAUUAA